GGCUUGCGCUCCAUUGCCAUUCUGCCGUUGAAAAGUUCAGUUCGCGUUGAGACGUGGUGCUGUGCAAUUGAGGUUAGGUUACCUCCGCUUUUCUGAACGUCAGUUUACGAACGAAAACGUGGCAAAUCAAAGUUUAUUCGACGCUAACUUUCUAACGGUCGCUUACUUUUGACAAAAUACAUUUCUAAACUUUCCCCUCAUUUAUAACUUAACUUGAAAACAAAUAUUCUAAUUAAUUCUUCACCUUGAAAUCUUCCAGCAAACAAAAGACGACGCGUUCUAUUGUGUCAGUAGUUUACCUUGCUAGCAGUUAACAAUAAUAUUGGAGUUGUGUUGUGUUCUCAGUACUAGCUAAUAAGCAAAUAGUUUGGUGUAUAAUCUUGCUGUGUUUAGUGAUUCUGUGUGAAUAAAAGUAGUUUGAAUCGCCAUGUGCAUUGUUUGAGUUGUGGUUUGCUGAGGAUUCUUUGAGAAUCAGACCGUUGUACAAUGAAAGGAUAACUGGAAGGAGUCUUCUUCAACAGCUUGGCGUUUGUGUCGCUUUCCGCAAUGAAAGUAGCUCAUAUAGGUAAGAAUCUUCCUUCAAACACGGGUUCCAGUGUAAUCAAUCUUUCCACAUCAGCUGUAAUUAUCUUCAUAGUGAGUGGAAUUGAACAUGGCGAUUCAAUAAGAAUUUAUUUGGAAAGCUUUCCGAAUUAAAGCUGUAAUCACAAAUAUGGAGCUCUACAAGCUGGAUCCAGUGGUUGUGAGCGUGGUGUGGUGCUUGAUGGUGAGGAGUGCGGGCAGCCUGCAUCAGUCAUGUCGCAUGGGCUACCAGUUCAAGAGAAUGACAGCUGACUGCAAGGAUCUCAAACUCAAUCAGAUUCCCAUGAACCUCAACCAUGGCAUCGAGAUCCUUAUGGCAUCGGAGAACCGCAUCAGGGAGCUGAAGAAUGAAACGUUGGAGGCGUAUCCGAACCUGGAGCUGCUCUAUUUGUCCAACAACUUCAUCAACUACGUAGAACCGGCCGCCUUCAGGGCAGUGCCCAAACUAGAGGUGCUCGACCUUGGUCUCAACGGCAUCAGAACUCUACCCUUGGAACUCCCUCUUCCGCUACGAAAACUCUACCUGAACGGCAACCGUGAUCUAGAAAAGAUCACUCUGACCUCUGCGUAUAACUUGCAGUACUUGUCGCUUGCUGAGUGUCACCUGAGUCAGAUGCCUGAUAUUGGCGAGUUGCCUCACCUCACCGAACUCAACCUCACUGAUAAUCCACUCACGAAGAUCACAGCCCGACAGAUCGCGCCUCUUUGUCGCCUCAACAAACUGCACACUCCCGACAUCCUCUACACCCAGCACAAAGACUCGUGCGAGUGCCACGAGUUUCAGCACUGGGUCAAAAAGUUCAAGAUCGCCACUACGGCUCCCAUUGAGUGCAGUAAUUUCAGUGAAGUGAAGCUAGAACUGUGUCUGUCAGCCAACCGAACGGAGCUGUACGAGAUCCGCAACACGUGUCUUGACCGCAAGCCGCCCCUCAACCUCACCUCGCCCGAGAUCCUCUCGACGGCGGGAUGCGCUCUGCUCGUGGUCAUCCUCGUCAUCCUCUGCUGUCUGUGGCGACGCUCGCGCAGGAAACAGAACACGGUGCGCGACAACCAGAAGAAGCAGAAGGUCACCACGGUCGUAUGAGACAACCGCAUCGGAAAUGUGAUCGAUGAAGAAAAUUAGGAAGCGGUGGUGGGUGAUGGAAUCUUGGUGAAGAAUUGCGUUCCUAACUUGUUUAGCUUUGCGUUUGUAAAGUAGGAGUUGCAGGUUGGGUUAUAUCAGCUUGCUGAAAUAGUAACAUCUGAUUAGAAGGUGCAAAUUUGAAUCAAAAAUCAACAACCAACUGCUUACUGCUUACCUAAAUAAAAUUAUCAGCUUUUGAACUGGUAAAUUUAAAUUUCCCCAGCUGGACGCUGGAAACUGGAUCAGAAAUUCUUGAUUAUUGGAUCAUGUUAUUGUUACCACAUAGAAGCUGGAAAUUCAACUUGAAAAACUGACAGUAAUUGGAAAAAUAAUGAACAACCGUAUAGUUUUUAAGCUGCUUCAGCUUGUAAAACAUUCCUAAACACCUAGUUGGGAGGAAAAAAUUGAACUGGGAAGAUCAAUAAAAUUUGCUUCUAAAUUGGAAAGUGUUUGAGGGUCGUAUUUAUAAAUUAUGUUUGGUAGCAUUUCCAGCCAAGUCCGCUAUCAAUCUAAACCAUUAGGCAUUGAGAACGAAUCUAGUAACUGGAUUAUCGAUACUGAUUUGCUCUCCUAGUGUGUUGAGCACGUUCUUGAGAAUUGUUUAUAAAUAUGAACCUACGAUUUUAAUGCGAUCUAUGCCAUUAUAACUUAACUUUAAAGAUGGAAAGUUCAAUUGAAAACUAAGUUUCAAUGUGGUAAUUUUAAUACUAGACCGUUUAUAAAAUUUCUCAAUGCCUGUAUCUUUCAAUAAUGUACUGAUAGAAGUUCAAAUGCUGUUGGUUUUCAUCAUAGUCAACCAAACUAUGCUUAUUUUUGAUCUCAUGAAUAUUUUUUAAAGGGAAGAUAAUUUUGAAGAUCUUUUUGAAUGUGUUUAUGGUCCUCAGUUUUCACCAACAACAAUUCUUCUCAAAAACUCCACUAAUUUAUAUCAACACCUCACUAGACCAGAUCAACUCUCAUAAAACAAAUGUUCCAAUAAACUGAGCUCUCUCAGUUUUAAACCUCGUUUACUCUUCAUGAAAUUCUUGUCAAGCUACUUUUUAACUUAUCUUAAUGACCACCAAAUUCAGUACAUACCGGUACUAUACCAUUUACUUAUUAAUUUGUACCGCAGUUCUAUAAACAAUGAUACUAAUUACCAUGUACUUAUAAUUAUGUUUGCCACAUUCGGUCCAGUACUUACGUAUUUAACAAUUAUUAUUACUCUUGAACUUUAAAUAAAUGAAUCCAAUGUCAACAUAAAAUCUUCACUCAACUUCAUUCUACCUUUAGUAAGACCAUUUGUAAUAGAUUCUAAAAACAUAUUCUCCGAUAACACAUAAAGUUUUGCAGUGUGUGUUUCGUAAACAGUAGUUUGAAGAAACAUGCUCCAAUUGGAAACUUCCUAUGUUUAUUUUGCCAGAAAGUGUUUGAAAUAUAUUCAGUUUAUUCAAAUAAUGUUUGCAGAAAGCGACAAGAGCGUUGUAUACUUGUUGCCAAGUAUCUAGUUGUUUGUUGAAGUACCAAAACAGACAUCAAGUGUUGAGUAAAUAUGACUAAGAGUAGUGUGUGAACUUUGUCUUGUAAGUCAAGUCCUCGCUACAUUCUUGUGCAUAAUAACACUAUCAUAUUCUUUUGUACCUCUCCAUUGCUUUUUUGCGUUCUAUUCAUUUAAAAUAUUUCUAUAAAUUGCUUCCUAUGUGAAUCUAAAUAUUAGAAACUUCUAAAAUACGAAUAGGCUGUAUAAGCUUAAACUUUAUUACAAGGUACAAUUUAUAUUCAAGUUUUGUUUGGAAAGAAAUCAUUUCUAGCAUCAUGGACGUGUUUCUUGAAAAAUUAUAAAUCCGAUUAUAUAUUAUAUAUUUUUAAAACGUACCUACACACUAGACGUCCAAAUCAUGGAGUGCUCUGUAAUAAAUUCAUAAAAAAGUGUGUGGGUAGCUUAUUUCAAUGUUAUAGAACUUUCAAAUGCUUAUUGAACAUUAUGUAUGUUUUACAGGUUUUUAUGAGCUGUAUGUUUUCAAUACUUCAACUUUUACUCUGUAUAUCUAGUAAAAAACCAAAUUUCUUACGAAAUUGAGAAUUGAAACAUACCGCACAAUUCUAGUUGCUACUAGAUUAUUACUUUUUUAUUUUUUAAAAGAACGACGUUCGUCUCCAAUUGAAUAAAUAGGUUGUAAUUUUGAUGAAGAAUUGACCAUGAUUUAGAAAGCUUCUAGUCUACAAAAUACAUUUUACAUUAUAAUAUUAGUUGAAGUUGUAAUUGCCAAGUAGGCAUAGUUUGGUUGUACGUAAUAAAAUUCGCCAAGACUCCAUUGUAUUAUCACUGUUUUCAAGAUCACAUUUUCGAUUAUUCGGGAACAAGUGUAAUUGAUGAACGAAGUUUGAAUAGCUACUAUAAAUGUAUGAAAAUGGAUUGUCAGUGUUUAAAGAACUAACGGGAGUGAAUCUGUGAAUUGUGUAUUUGUGAUAAUAUAUGGUUCUAUUUAUUUUGGGCAUGUAGUUCUCGAUGUGAAUGUGAUGUGUCAUGUGCAUAUGAAAUGUAAAUGUUCAACUUGUAUUGUAAUAUGUAGCUAACUGCUCCCACACGACAGUUUAUCCAAAGUUAGUUAUAGUAUAUCUAAUUUUGGACUGUUAGUGUGGGAGUUGAUAGAAGUGGUCGAGCAUAUUGAUUUCCUGUUGAAACUAAUUCUGUAGGAGUAGGUUUCUCUUCUGAAAUAUUUUUCAACAUGUUUGAAAGUUCUCAAUAUUCACUAGAAUAAUAUUAUUAGGUCUUAAUCUUUGAUAGGUGUCUCUGUAAUGGAAUAGUCAUUCGCAAUGGAUUGAUAUAUUCCCUUUUAUUCAUAUCUUCAAUUUUCCAACACUCUUUUGUUUUCUAUUCUAUGAUUAGUGUUUCUCUCAAAGUAUUGAGAGUUUCAGAAUAUAUUCAUUAUUACAUUUCCACUGACUAUUCAACUUGAAUGUAUUGCCAAUUCCUCUGAAAACGUCAAGCUGGCAAUUCUGAGAUCUACAUUUGAAUGAUGAUAAUAAUAAUCAUAAUAUUGAUUGUGAUUUUAAAUUGUUCAAGCUUUCUUAAAUCCUGCCAGCUAUUUUUUUAAGCUUACUUGUUUCUCUUCAGUCAAAAUAAAAAAGUGUAUUGAAAUUUCAACAUUUUUCCAAGUAAAUUGUAGUAUAUUUCUUGAAGUAAAUAUUUACUUGUGUAACUUAUCGUACUUAUUUAUUUUUAAAAGUUGAAUACAACGGAAUUUGCUAUAUUCUUUUUCUAUCUAUUCCGUACUACAGUAAUUUAGUAUCUAAUACCUCUAAUUAUAAUUUAAAAUGGUAACACAAAUGUAUUUGUCAUGUGACUGUUCGAUACGGAAGACUAUGAAUGGUUUUUUUUUAAGAACAUCAUUUUUGGGUGGGCUCCUGCACUCCGGCCAAUACCCCUGAGCAGGUCUUUUUUUGUGGAAAACUUCACAAAUCCAGUAAUAAAUGACAUUCCCAAAUGGUUAUGUCUAUUGAAAAUGUUUCAUGUAAAUGAUUCCUCAUUCAAUUUUAUGGAUGGAAUCUUGAUUGAUUCUUGUUCACGGUAAAUUAUUCUAAUGAACUGGUAUAAUAUUGUAAUUUCAAUUGCAGCCGAGAGAAGCAUUCAUAAAGUUAAACUAAAGCUUCUACUGUAUUUAAAUUUGUAAAUAAUUGUAUGAAUAGUGUAGGAUAUAACGUUUAUAUUGUGUCUGGUUCAUUAACUAUAUAGAUGUGUAAUCAUUGAAUGCUAUUUAUCAAUGUAAACUGAAACCUAUCGCUAUUGUAAAUUUUACAAUGAUACUGUUGCCAAAUUAUUCAUCAGAUAAUAAUGUACGUUACUCAUUCGGCUAUAUGGAUAAUAAUAUAAUGAUAAUUGUUGAAUCAAUAAAUGCUUCUAAUAAGUGUUGAAAAUUGUCAAAAUAUUUAUAAUGAUCUUCAAAAACUUGUAAUUAGAAAGUAAUAUUAGUGUUAAACUUGAUACAAAAAAUUAAUUUGAAUGUUAUACCUUACUCUAUAAAAUGACAGAUUUGAACUCGAUUCUUUACAAUUUCAUUUCUUGUUAAUCAAUUCGGCUAUUUUUAAAAAUAUUUCUCUUUGAAGUAUAAAUGAACUAUAAAUUUUGGUCAAUAUGAUUUUGAGUUUCUAUUAAUAAGCUAUCAAUUGGUAAUAUAACUGGUAUAGUUGUAUUAUUGAGCCAUUCUGUUAUUUUUCAUAAUUAACAUGUUAUUCAUAAGAACAAAUCAAUUUAGGUUUAUGAGACUCGACAACUCAAUUUUGCAUUUAUUUGUGUACUUAAUUUUUAAUUAGUUUUUUAGUGUUAUGAUUCUUAUGUUUGUAUUUGGUUGUUAUAAUUUGCUUCUAUUACAUCAUUUAUAUUUUUUAAAUUAUAUAUACAUUUUUUUUGAUCAUGGAAAACUAGAUCCCAUAAUAUUAUCAAUUCGCUUUUUUAUGUUGUUUAAAAUUCAUAUAUAUACAAGAAGUUAUUCAGCUCAUUUGACUUUACUGGAGCAUAAAAAUUUCCAUUUGUGUGAAUUAUUUGCCCAAUCAAGAUUCACAUGUUAUUAUAAAAUACAGUGUACUUGUACAAUAAUGUUACAAUUUUUGAAAUUCUUAUUACCUUUUCAAUUAUUGUCUCGCAAAAGCUGAUUGUCAUUUUAAUUUAUGUUAGAUUCGAAUUAUUGCACUGCAUUAAAUGAAGACUGAUGAUGACAGUGAUAUUACUGUAAUAAAUAUCUCAAACGUUUCAAAUUGAACUUUUUUGAAAGCUGUCUCAAUUAUUUGUAGAUUUGCAUUGUUAUGAGUUCAGUAAGGCAACUCAAAAGCUCCUUGAAAUAUUAGUUCAAUCCUUGUUUGAAUUACAGCAAAGAGUAAUGUAUAAUAUAUUGAUUUAUCAAUUUUAUUUGAUUGGCUUUUAUAUUAAAUGAAUGUCCAUUUUACUUUACAAACCAUUUAUAUUUAUAACAUUUUGAGUAUUUUGUUUACUUGGAAAAUUACGCUUUCAUGCUGUAAAUGAAUAUAUUAUGGAUAGUAUAUCUUCUUUAUUGAGUAAAUUAUUCCCCAUUUUCAACUUAUAUUAUACUGGAUGUUUUCUAUUGAUAUUUAGGAUUCUCCCCUAUUCUGUAAAUAGGAACUGUGUAGUGAAAUGAUGAACAAUUUUUGACUUCUAGUUACAAGUUUGUACAGUCUACAAUAUUAAAUUGUUGAAUUAGGUGUUUGAAUGUGAUACAAUUUACGAAAAUUAUCUGUACAAUCAUGUUUAAUUACAGUCAUUUUAGAUUUGUCUUGCUUUUGAAAUGGCUGUGUAUUCUCUUCGUGUGUAUGCGUGUGUGUUUGCUUGCAAGUUUGACAUUACACAACAAAUUCUCUUGUGUGAAGUGAAUAUUUCAUAGAAUAGACAUAUUUCAGUGUAGUAUCAUAUCAAUAAUAUAUAGUGAGGUCCACGUUAAAAUGGCAGAGUUUGAUUAGUAAUGGUAUUGCUACCCUUGUCUUUCAUUCAACAAAGCGGAUAGCGCUAUCUCUUUCUUGUUUUGCAAUGUUGCCAAAUCAUCUUUUAACAAUGUGGAAUUAAUCAUUAAAUUGAUAAAACAUUUCAUCUUAAUUAUGUAAAUUGAUUAUGAAAUUAAUUUAAAUUAUAAUUUAUUGCUUGAUAAAAUAUAAUUUAAAAUAAAAUUUAUUAUUUAUUAUUUUAAACAAGAAUGAACAAUUAAUAUUACAUCAAUAAACCUGUAAUCCUAUCAGCUACCGUCUAUGGUAGGCAUUGACAAGACAGAGAUUCGGCAACGUUUUACUCCUAUCUUUCUCUACUGCCAUUAUAACGUCGACCUCACUAUAGAACACUUUAUUAUUGUUGAAUUAUUUUUUGAAAUUAUUCUAAAAAUAAUGUGAAAUUUCGAUUGCAAUGAAUUUAGAAAUGGAAUGGAUUUGUUUCCCGAGUAACUUGUCCAAUACAAAUGUUAGAUACACCAAAUAAUUUUUUCACGAAGGGUUUUUUAUAUAUAGUAAAAAUGUUAUAGUCUUAUAGUUCUCAUUAAAGGUAUCACCAUUUAUAAAGUGCUAUCGUGGCUCUACUAUUUUAUGUAGGCUCCUACACACUGGUUAAUUGGUGUGCUAUUUUCAUUCAUCUUGUUCAGAAAUCUGUAUCAUAUGAAUGUGCUAUAUGAAUAAAUGUUAUUGUUUUCAAGGACUCCUUAAUGUAAGGUUAUACCAAAUACAUAUUUGUUCAUGUGCACAUCUUAUAAAGAGCCUAUUCAUGUGUGUUUGAUUCUAUAAAUGGUGGAAACUUCACAAUCAAAAAUACACGAUUUAUCCAUUAUAAUCGGAAUGAAUGUUUUUAAAUUUAUGAAAUAAUAGUCAUUCGAAAGAUGUUGUAAUACCCUGACUCUGCAAAAAAUCCCUCGUCUAUUUUUAAACAAAAUUGUGUACCUAAUAAUUAUUAUUUAUUUUACAUAUACAAUAUAGAAGAAUAAUUAAAUGCGGUUGAGCAGCAUUCACCCAUUGAAAUUUGGAUAUAAAUACGAAAUCUAAAGAAUUACUUAUUAAAUGGUUUUGUGGUAAAUUUGAUGAUAUUGUAUCGUAUGUCAAAUCAUAAAUUGAGAAGAUCAUAUACCAUGUAAAAAUAUAGAUUUGCAAAGAAUAAUUUGAGAGGCGAUGCCCCAUAUGAACAUGUAUGUAAAAUGUAUGUAAAAGUAAUGUAAAAUGUAGGUAAAAGUAUGUUUAAGGAGGGUUUCUCAUUACAAAAAGAACUUUGUUCUUAAUUGGGGUUCCAAUAAUUUCACCGUAAAAGUACCGCUACGUACUAUUUAUUACACAGUACUUUCAUCUGGUACUGUAACUUUUUUUAAUAGUCAUGUAGUAGCACUUUGGUGUACUCAGUACUUGAUGUACUACACGAUAAUUAUUUUUUCUAAGUAAAGUUCUACAACUUUCGUCAAGCGAAAACAACUUGUAUUGGGAUUUCUUUAAGCGCUGCUCCACUGCAUAAAUUAUUAAGAAGCUUCAAAUAUGAUUUUCUGGCUAACAUACGAUUCGUAAUGUAAGUGAUUGUUCAUUGUUAAAAUGUGCAAUAAAAAUAAUUUUAAUGUAUCUGAAUAUUGGUGUGAUUUCCGAAUUUCAAAGUGUAUAAAUUCAACUGGUUGUGUUGUAUAUUAUUAUUGUUUUUAUUUUACUAGAAUAGUGAUUAAAUGUGGAAUAUUAUUCUUAAAAAA